AUUUAUAAAAGUAUAUUUUUUAUUUAAAAACUUAAAUUUUUCCUGCCAAGUUAUAGGAAUUUUCAAGCAAAUUUAUUUAAACUAAAACAAAUUACAGCGAAAGUGAAAUUUAAAAUAUUUAGCAAUAAUAUGGAUAAUUCUGCUAUACCUUUAGCAGCAAAUGAUAACAGUUUGGAUCAAGUUAAAUUAGAAUCACAAGAAGAGACUGUCAAGUCUUUAGAUCAUUCCCCAGGCAGAUCAAGUGUUAAAAGUUUUAAAGCUACUGUAGUACCAAAAGCAAGUUCAAAAUCUAUACCAAAAUUAAAAGACAAUAAAUCCCCGAAAAGUACCACAAAGAAUGGCAGUAAAAGUCAAACAAGUCUUGUUAAAAAUGAAGAUCGUUUGCACACUUCUGUGCUAACGUCCAAAAAAACUUCCUCUCCAGUACCUAACAAAUCCCCUAAUAACCUAAAGCCUCAGGGAAAUUCGAAAAUACCUUUUAUGAAAAAAUCACCUAGUUCCAGUUCCAAUAUAAAUAGCAAAUCAACCGCAAAGCAAGUAGCACAAAAAUUACCAUCACAAUCUGGAAAAAUUCCCCAACUAAAGCUUAACUCUGAUAAAAAGUCGUUUGAUAAAAAGCUGCAAAAUUCACUGAACACCAAGUCCAAAACAGGUCAAAGUAGAUCAUCAUCGCCACAGCUGAAUAAAACGCCAAGUAGCAUUUCCAAGUCUAGUUUUGUAACAUCAAGUCCGACUGUACAGCAAAAGAAGAAAAUCGUUAAAAGUCAAACAGCUCGUUCUAAUUCGGAGACGCCAGUUUCGGUGUCGAAUAAAAGGAGUGGUAAGUUUUGA